GGAGGAUUAGCGGUAAGUGGGUGUGGGCAUUGGCAUAGCAGCUGGGUCGCACAGAAAGGGAAGGAGACAAGUCUACUCUCUCCAAAAUCCGUUGCAGUCAGUAAUGGAUCGUCAAUGGCGUCCUGCUCCUCCACCCAAUGUCUGCCCCUCUUGCUUCCACCCCCACUUCCCCUUUUGCCCUCCUCCACCCCCCUAUUAUCACCCUCACCCCCCCUUCCCUUACGCCAACUUCAAGAGACCCCGAAUCGACGACAACCCUAUCAAUUUCUCCGACGACGAACGCAGAUUAAAGCUCAUUCGCGAUCACGGAUUCCACACUUACGCGCCACACCCUAAUCACAAGGACUUCCCUCCCCACAAUGCUCAAUUCAGAUCUUCCCCUCACCCCUUCCAUGCUUACCCGGACCCCUCGCAGCACCGCGUUCCCGACGCUUACCAUCACGCUCACGCUCCUCAUGUUGCCAUGCACGAAGGGAACCACCAGCACAAUUUCAAUGGAAGAGUAGUUCACUAUCCUUAUCCCUACCCUGCUGCGGGUAACAAUAGCAACGAUAAUAAUAAUAAUAAUAAUAUGGAGCCUUCGAGAUUCUUCAGGGGACAGCCUCAGCCUCCGCUUCCUUCUUCGCCGCCGCCACCUCUUCCCAUGGAACCGUCCAUGAAUCAAUUGAAACCGCCUUCUCUUUUUCCCGUUGCCGAAUCUCAACCCAUGUCUCAGCCCUAUUAUCACCCCUCUGCUUUUCCUUCCGAGCAGGAAGCAUCGAAGCAGCAGUACUUGGGAGAUUCCCAAUCUUUUUCGUUAAACCAAUUGGCUGCAGAGAGACCUAAAGUGAUCGAUGCGUCGCACUUAUUUCGCCAUCCUCAUCGAGCUUCGCGGCCUGAUCAUUUUGUCAUCAUCUUUCGAGGCCUCCCAGGUAGUGGUAAGAGUUACCUAGCAAAGAUGUUGCGUGAUCUUGAGGUUGAAAAUGGUGGUGAUGCUCCUCGAAUUCAUUCCAUGGAUGAUUAUUUUAUGACUGAGGUUGGAAAGGUUGAGGAUGGCGAGGCAUCAAAAUCUUCAAGUUCAGGCAGAAACAAGAAGCCUGUGACAAAGAAGGUCAUGGAGUAUUGUUAUGAACCUGAAAUGGAGGAGGCUUAUCGGUCAAGCAUGUUGAAAGCUUUCAAGAAAAAUGUUGAGGAAGGAGUUUUCACCUUUAUUAUUGUGGAUGACCGCAAUCUGCGGGUAGCUGAUUUUGCUCAAUUUUGGGCAACUGCAAAGAGAUCGGGGUAUGAAGUUUACAUUUUAGAAGCUACAUACAAGGAUCCGGUGGGUUGUGCUGCAAGGAAUGUCCAUGGAUUUACACAGGAAGACAUAGAAAAGAUGUCUAAGCAAUGGGAAGAAGCUUCAUCCUUGUAUCUGCAGCUUGAUGUGAAGUCAUUAUUUCAUGGAGAUGAUCUAAAGGAAAGCAGAAUACAGGAGGUUGACAUGGAUAUGGAAGAUGAUCUAGGUGAUGCAUUACCUCCAUUUCAAGGAAAAGAAGAUGAGAAAGUUGUUGACCCUCCUGUUGGGGAAGAUGCAAGUUUCCUAAAGGCUGGGAAGAAUUGGCAUGCUGAAGAGGAACAUCCAACAGAAGUCAGGGAAUUGGGUAAAAGCAAAUGGUCAGAAGAUUUUGGUGAAGAUGACAUUGAUCAAACUGAAGGUAUGAAGGGCAAUAUUAAUGCUCUGUCUGGGUUAAUUCAUCAAUAUGGCAAGGAACGAAAAUCUGUACAUUGGGGUGAUAAGGGUGGCAAAACAGGGUUUUCAAUAGGGGCUGCAAGGAAGGUAAAUGCUUUGUCGUUAGUGAUCGGACCUGGUGCUGGAUAUAACCUGAAAUCUAAUCCAUUACCUGAAGAGGAUAGUCCAACCCGUAAUAGUGUGGAGUCAAAGAAGCAUAGCAUAUUUCAAGAACAAAUCCGGGCUGAACGAGAAUCUUUCAAAGCUGUUUUUGAUAGGAGACGGCACAGGAUUGGUGGGCUUGAUGUGGAGGAGGACUGAAAGAAACCGACCCAAUGCAGAAGGCUUUCACAAAACAGAGUAUGGGGAGGGAAGAUCUAUCAUGCAUUCAGCUCUAUCCCUCCCUGCAUUGGAGAAGUUGUUACCAGGAUUUGAAUCCGUCACAAGACAGAUUUAGAGACUGAUUCCGAAAUUUGGUAAUGUCAUCAAAAUAGACGGGUUACUUGAACUCAUUCUUGAUACUUCCAUGCAUUAGAGGAGUUUAAGUGAAAGAAUAGAGUUGAAUUGUUUGGUGGCUGGGAAAAGAAAGUGAUGUCCCCAACCUGAGUUUUUGUGCAAUGAUGUAAAAUUUUAUUUGAUGAUUAAUAUGAAAUAUUUAUACACCUGAUGUGAUAAGGUCAACUCAGCGUCUAUGUGAGUGUAGGUUUUUCUUUUCUUGUACCAGCAUGCUAUUUGACAUUUAUAGACAUUACGUACUCUGAAAGAAGAAUACGUUAUCGGUUUAACAGACGUCUGAAGAGGAAAUACACUCAUGUGAUUGUCCUUCAAAUAUAAACAAUCGUGUAUGAUGAUGUUUAUUUUAUUGAUAGGAAUAUACGAUGGGAUGUAUAUAACUCAGAAUUUGCUUGCA